CUGUAUUUUCGCGCCCAUCUCAAAAACUUCCUCAACACUCUCCAAUUUCCUAGGGUUUCAAAUCUCAUCUACACAGUAAAACACACAAAUAUAAACAGACCCAUUUUCUCAAAACCCCAUCUUUAUUCACAAAUCAAAACACUGAAAAUGGUGAAUUUGUCAGGAGGGUCAGUUGAUAUGAUAUGCAACAGCAAAGAUAAGCAUGUGGAUAUCAACCCAAUACUUCAAGUUCAAGAUGUGAGGAUUGUGCAGACCACUAAUUCAGCUUCUGAGAGGUACAGAUUGUUGCUGUCUGAUGGGGUUUUCACUGUUCAGGGGAUGCUUGCUACUCAGAACAAUGAUCUGGUGAAGGCUAAUAAGCUGGUGAAAGGGUCUGUGGUGAAGCUCAAUGAGUUUGUUUGUAAUCGCAUCCAGACUCGAGUGAUAAUUAUAAUUGUCAAUCUGGAUUUGGUACUAGAGCAGUGUGAGACAAUUGGUGAUCCAAAACCAUAUCCACCAAUAGUUGACGGUCCAGCAAAACCUUCCCCGGCUUCUAACAUAAGUCACAGCGGAAAUUCUAAUAAUCCUCAAUAUCACAAUGGAAAUUCAGUUGGUGCUGGGUUAAUGCCUAACAAUGAAAAUGUAGGUGUCGGAAGUUAUAUGCAGGCUCCUGGACAAGGUAGGAGUUCUGGUCCGCCUUUAUACAAUAGCUCUCUUGGCAGUAAAGCAGAAUCAGGACAAUAUAAUCAAACAACUUCAGGCUUUGGAUAUUCAAACACAGAGUCUGCUACUGGAAUUUCACGAUCACCUAUGAAUAAUCAUGUGCGUCCUAUUCAGCCAGCAUAUCCUCAGGUACCUCCAAUGUAUGGAAACAGGGGACCAAUCGCAAAAAAUGGAGCACCUCCAAGGAUUAUUCCUAUUGCAGCUCUUAAUCCAUAUCAAGGUAGGUGGACAAUCAAAGCCAGAGUGACAGCAAAAGGGGCUCUCAAACGCUACAGUAAUCAGCGGGGUGAAGGGAAGGUAUUUUCUUUUGAUCUUCUUGAUUCUGAUGGUGGAGAGAUACGUGCAACCUGCUUUAAUGCUGCAGCUGACCAGUUCUACCACCAGAUUGAGGAUGGCAAAGUAUAUUUAAUUUCUAAAGGCACGCUGAAACCUGCCCAAAGAAAUUUUAAUCAUCUCCCUAAUGACCAUGAAAUUAUGUUGGACAGCUCCUCCACAGUGGAGCCUUGUUUUGAAGGUGAACACUCAAUCCCGCAACAGAGAUUUCAAUUUCGGUCUGUAGCUGAAAUUGAAGGUAUUGAAAAUAAUACCGUUAUUGAUGUCAUUGGUGUUCUUUGCUCUAUUAGUCCAUCAAGCCCGAUAAUGAGGAAAAAUGGCACUGAAACUCUGAAGAGGGCUCUCCACAUCAAAGACAUGUCUGGAAGAAGUGUUGAAGUAACUUUGUGGGGAGAUUUUUGCAAUGCAGAAGGACAAACACUACAAAACAUUUGUGAUUCAGGGGUAUUUCCUGUUUUGGCUGUGAAAUCUGCUAAAGUAAGUGACUUUAAUGGGAAGGCUGUAGGGACAAUACCUACUAGUAAGGUGAUUAUAGAGCCAGAUAUCCCCGAGGCUCACAACUUAAAAGCUUGGAUGGAGACUGAUGGAAAGAAUGCUCAAGUAUCUUCUAUAUCCAGGGAGACAGCAAUAGGAAGGCAAGAUGUUAGGAAGACUAUAUCACAAAUCAAAGACGAAAAACUAGGGACUUCUGAGAAGCCAGAUUGGAUCACAGUAGCUGCUACUCUAUCAUAUCUUAAAACGGACAAUUUCUGCUAUACUGCAUGUCCCCUAAAGAUCGGAGAACGACAGUGCAACAAAAAAGUUAUAAACAAUGGAGAUGGAACGUGGCGAUGUGAGAGGUGUGAUCAGUCUGUUGAGGAAUGCGAUUAUAGAUAUAUACUCCAGUUUCAGAUACAGGACCAUACUGGCUUAACAUGGGUAACUGGAUUUCAGGAAAUCGGCGAUGAAAUUUUUGGUAUUCCUGCAAAAGAUUUGUAUAUGAUGAAAAAUGAGGACCAAGAUGAUGAAAAAUUUUCAGAAUACGUCCGCAAGAUUCUCUUCAACAAAUAUUUGUUCAAGUUGAAAGUGAAGGAGGAGACAUUUAGUGAUGAACAGCGGGUGAAGUCCACUGUGGUCAAAGUAGAUAAACUAAAUUUUGUAUCCGAGACUAGAGGUCUCUUGGAUUUACUUAAUAAGCUUCAGGGGGUUGACUCAAGUUCAGUAGCUUUGAAGUCUGAAAAUUCUGUUCUGAACACUGGAACGAAUAAUGCUGCAUAUGGUAGUUUUGGGAUUAAGGAGUCUGCACAUCCUAAAGUCAACUAUACGGGAAAUGUUAGUUCUGCUGGUCAAGGGAUUGGGUUGCCAGCAAGUCAAGUAGGUCAGUUUGGGAACCAAAAUGUUGGUUCUAGGCUUGCAUCAACUGGGCCGACUAAUGCAUAUAUGAUGUGUAGUACCUGUGGUGGAAUGGAUCACAGCAGUAAUAAUUGUCCAGCUGCUAUGGAUGUUCAAGAGCAUUCAUAUGGUGGAGGUUUCAAUAAUCAGACGAUUCCUGCUGGCAGUGGCAGCACUGGGGGUGGUGGCAGUGGUAGUGGACAGUGUUACAAAUGUCAUGAACAUGGUCACUGGGCUAAUAAUUGUCCCAAUGCUAGGAGUGGGCUUCCAGGUUAUGGGAGUGGCAAUGUUUCUACUUCUGCUGGUGGUGGUGGCAAUGGUGGUGAGUGUUUCAAAUGUCAUCAAAAUGGUCACUGGGCAAAAGAUUGUCCCAGUGCAGGGGGUGUGACUUCUGGUUAUGGGAGUGGCAAUGUUUCUGCUUCUGCUGGUGGUGGUGGCAAUGGUGGUGAGUGUUUCAAAUGUCAUCAAAGUGGUCACUGGGCAAAAGAUUGUCCCAGUGCAGGGGGUGCGACUGCUGGUUAUGGAAGUGGCAAUGUUUCGUCUGGAAGAUACGGAAGUGCUUCAAAGCAGUAUGUGGGUGGCUACUGACUAUGCAGUUGGCAGCUAAUCAUAAAAUCCUGGUCACUGGGCUCAAACCUUUGAUAUUGGAGAUUUUUGGAACUACUUUUGUCUAUAAUGACCAAGCUUGCUGUAAUUGGCACUUAGUUGGCCUUUUUAUCUUUGAUCAGAUCUUUGUUUUCUUGUUUACUUGUGUUCCCGUACAUUAUUUGUUAUCUGUUUUCUGCUACAUGUGUUUAUAAAUUUACUGAUGUAUGGCUUUCUUGUGUGCUUGA